AUGUCCAGCAUAACCAGCGACAAAGAACGCCUGGAACCUCGCCUCCUCCGCGCUGCCGAAAACAACGAUGUCCCCUCCCUCCAACAAAUCCUCCACCUAGCCACAGAACACAACCAACUAACCGACAAUUUCCUGCGCAUUGGGUUAAUGCGCAGUGCUGAGCGCGCCUGCCUAUCCACAACUGAAUACCUACUUUCCCAAGGCGCGAAAACAGAUGUCCUAGGUAAUCGCGCUUCGCCGCUUCUGCGUGCUGUUGAGCGGGAUCAUUACCAGAUUGUGAAAUUGUUGCUGGAUGCUGGUGCUUGUCCGGAUACUGCUGAUAAAGAGGGCCGGACGGCCCUUAUGACUGCUGCGUGGAAGAAUCAUGUGGAUAUUCUGCAGUUGUUGAUUGUGCGUGGGGCGGAUGUGAAUGCUUGUGAUGGUAGAUCGAGGAAUGCGUUGCAUAAUCUUGCUGCGGAUAAGGAGUGUCGGUGGGGGUGGGGGGAGGAGGUGGUCAGGUAUUUGAUUUCGGGGGGAUGUUGUGUUGGAGGGAGGGAUGAGUUGGGUAGGACGCCUUUGCAUUGGGCUUGUGCGACUGGGAAUUGGAAGUUGGCUGAGAUGUUUGUGGGGGAGGGGGAUGUUGAUGCUGUUGAGUUGAGGGGGAAGACUGCAUUGCAUGUUGCGACUGCGCAUGAUCGAGAUGAUAUUGUUUGUUUGUUGUUGGGGCAUGAGGCAAAUGUUAAUGCUACUAGUGAUGGGGGGUGGACGCCAUUGCAUAAUGCUUGUGAUAAAGGGUGUGAGAAGAUUGUGAGGAUAUUGUUGAAUGAGGGAGCGGGUAUUAAUGCUCAGCUUUUGAAUGGAGUGACGCCUUUGCAUUUGGCUGCUCAGGGGGGUCAUCGGGAGGUGGUGGAGUGUUUGCUGGAGAGGGGGGAUUUGAAGAGGAGGGUGAGGGAUAAUUUUGGGAGUACGCCCUUUUUGAGGGCUGCGCAGUUCAAGAGGAAGGAUGUGGUCUUGUUGUUGGCCCCUUUUAACAAUGUUGACAGUCUGUCUGAGGAUGUGAAGGGUGCUUGUGCUGCCUUCGAUGCCACGGUGGUGGAUUUUGGAAACUUCCACAAUGAGAACCGUGUCAAGCGCAUGUCCGUCUUUGAGCUGCUCUAUGGCAGAGACAAGGAGAAUCCUCGGAAACAGGCUGUCACCACUGUCCCGGCCGAUAGUCGAGCAACCGAGUUCAGGUGGAUUCAUUUGCCGGCCAACAAUAUGGCUUGGGUGGAGGCUUUACUCACCAAGUCUUUCAUCGAGGAGGGUGCUCAUGAUGUGGAUGGUUUCAAGGGCUUGGAAAAGUCGUUUAACUAUCAGCACCGGGGGCAGAGGACUCACUCGCACUUCAUGCGGCCGCUGUGCCAAAAUACACCGAGGAGAAUGUUGCGGCGUCACGAAGAGGACACUUCCGAAGAACCGGUGUCGGAUCAUGGGCACUCAAAAUCCAACGACCGGAAGCAGAAAAGCCCCGGCAAGCUGGAACGAGUCGAUUCAUACAAUCACGACGAUGGCUCUCACGGGAAGAAAAAGAACCAGAAGAAGGGAAAGUCCGGGAGUGCACCAGGAACUCCCAAGACUGAGGCCAAGGGCAAGUCGCCCUGGGGGCUGGAAAAAGCCCGAUCAUCGCCUCUCGCGACGUCAAUGUGUAAAGACAAAGACGCCCACCCUCUGGUGUCCACCUGCAAUGUCUGCGUAUUCAUGCCCUACCUGCAUUUCGAGACCACAGAGCGACGGCAGAAAAUGCAGGAUGCAAUCUCUCGAGCAGAGACACUGACAUUCCCCAGUACAGCCAUGAAGCGAAUGCGCACUAAAGAUGAGAUGCUGAUUGAUGCCCAUCUAUCAUCCUCAACGACUUCCCUUCAUGUGCGUCGAACAUUAGAUCAAUUCUUCUAUCCCAACAUUGAUACCCAGAGCCGCGACCAGGAUCAGGUGGUAUUUCGAUACCAGACCAAAAGCCCUGGAAUGGGAUCGGAUCCCAAGAUAUUCAUGGUAGAUCAAUUGUGGAUGUGGGUUCUAGGCACGAAUCUCAUUGUGACGGCCUUUCCCCAGCGAUGGGAUCAGCCGAAGAACGACCCUCUCAAUGUGCUGGACGGGAUUAUCGAGGAUAUCAACUCCAAAACGAGAGACCCCGUUCGGUCUGUGUAUGAUUUGGCGAUGAUCAUCACCAAUCGUUGCUCAGGCGUGUUCGACCGUCAUCGCUUGGGCGAUGAGGAGUACCAGUUUUUGGACAUGUUCGAGUCAUCUAUUGGUAUAGCAACAGAUAAAGAAACCCUACUCUUCAACCAGUUCAACCAUGCUUCAGUACAAGCAUCAGACUGGUUGAAAAGCCACCGCAAACUCGACGGAUCCUUCAGCUCAUCUCGCACAAAGUCCGUUGAUGGCACAGAAGAAGACGGCCUGAGCAGCGACUACUGCGACGAACACGGUCAACCAUUAUUCGUCGACCGACUCCUCGAUAUCGGCCAAGAGACCGACCUCCUCGCCGAAACAAAAGACAUCCGCGAUGAACUGAACAUGAUCCGCACCGUACUGGAGCACCAGAAGUACGUACUACUCGACUUCCAAGACGUGAUCUGCGAAACAUACCAAGGCCAGCACCGCUCGCAGUUCGACGUGAAAAAACGAUUCAAAGACCAGCAGCGCGUAAUCGACAUGCACCUCAAAGACAUCGACCGCAUGGACAAACAAGCCGAACGAAUCUACCACUCCAUAACUGACCUCUUGGACCUCAAACAAAAACACGCAAACGCUUUCGAAGCCCGUUUCGCCCGCGACCAAGCAGCAGGCACAACACGACAAAGCAAAACCAUCAUGGUCUUCACCAUCGUGACAAUCGUUUUCCUCCCCCUUUCAUUCAUCAGUUCCAUCUUCACAAUCAACCUAAAACAAUUCGAGAAUUUGAAUCUAGGCUACGUGGCAAAAUACACAUUCGGCAUUGGCUUCGCGAUCUCAAUUCCCCUUGUCUGGGUCGCGUUGACAGUCGAUGAUAUUGGUGGUUUCUUCCGCGUUAGCAGUCGACGCUGGCUAUCGAGGAACAAGACACCACCGGAGCGAGAGACAUCGCUCCAGGCUUUGGAAAUGGAGAAGAUUAUUAGUAUUUCAAGGAUGCGGCGCAGCGUGGAUGUUGAAUAUCGCGGCAAUUUGCUGCCGCUUUCCACGAGGGGGUCGGCUGUCUCUAGAGGUCCGGAGUUAUAUCCUGCUGGAUUGGGGAAUGGACGGAAGAGUUAUGAUUUACGAUCUAGUCAGGACUAUCGAUCUCGAUGA